AGGAGGGAGGCUGUGGAGAGAUCGCAGAGCUGAGCGCAGAGCGCAGCCACAGACUGCCCGGGCACCCACCGACGGGCGCAGCUGGAGCGAGCCAAACCCCGGAGGAGUGCUCUGAGCCGAGAGAGCCGAGCCGGGCGGCCUCUCCUGGCCGCCACAUCCACCGGCCGGCGCCGUCCCCGCGUCCCUGCUCCCGCGCCCCUCCGGCCAGCAUGAGGCUCCUGACCGCUGCGCUGCUUCUGCUGCUCCUGGCGCUAUGCGUUGCGCGCGUGGAUGGGUCCAAAUGCAAAUGCUCCCGUAAAGGGCCCAAGAUUCGCUACAGCGAUGUAAAGAAGCUGGAAAUGAAGCCAAAGUACCCGCACUGCGAGGAGAAGAUGGUUAUCAUCACCACCAAGAGUGUGUCCAGGUACCGGGGCCAGGAGCACUGCCUGCACCCCAAGCUGCAGAGCACCAAGCGCUUCAUCAAGUGGUACAACGCCUGGAACGAGAAGCGCAGGGUCUACGAAGAAUAGGGUGAUGAAUCUUGGGUA